UUUAUCGGUCGGCCCGCCGCCCCAGUCCAGGACAAAAUCACUUGCUUAAAAUGACCUUUUCUGACCUUCUAAAUAACUUUCUAAAGAGCAGCCAAGCUGUCCAGUUAACAGAAGUAUAUUACAGUGCAUUCAUUUUAGCGAACCUUUCAUUUAUAAAAAUGUACUUGGUCUGCAAAAACGAACGACGGAUUAAUGCUCUUUAAGGCCGGUUUUAUUCCGUAUUGUUUUGAUUAUAUUGCCGUUUGUGUUAUUUUUGGUCCAGCCCCUGCUUCCGUGACGUAAAGGGAAACGGGGGCAUUAACCUCCCCCCGGCGGGGCAGCCGGAGUAUCAGCAGCGCUUCGCACCCGGCAGAGUAGGCGGCUGAUCCUACGGCACAGCUGGAGGACGACGGAUUCACGCCGGAAUUUUCAGAGCUGCUAACUACACACCUGAACUCCAACUGAACUCCACCUGAAUCCCAGUGAAUCCCAGCAAACCCAGUGAAUCCCAGCAAACCCAGUGACCCACUGACAUGAGCAGCAACUACAGCGUGUCCCUGAUGGGCCCAGCUCCUUGGGGGUUCCGCCUGCAGGGGGGCAAAGACUUCAACAUGCCCCUCACCAUCUCCAGGCUGACAGAUGGGGGCAAGGCCGCCAAGGCGAAUGUUGCCGUCGGAGACGUGGUGCUGUCCAUCGAUGGUAUCUCCACUGAUGGCAUGAACCACCUGGAGGCCCAGAACAAGAUCAAGGCCUGUGCAGGCAACCUCAACCUCACCCUGCAGAAGGCCUCCAGCCUUCCUGCUGCUAUCGCUCCAGCCAAGGACGAGCCUCUGGAGCUUGUUAAACCCGUGCCCAUCACCCGACCGGCUCCACCCAGCUGUACGCCCACCAACUCCGCCCCCGGCGCCGCCCACAACAAAACUGCCCGUCCCUUCGGGGGCAGUGGCAGCACCAACGGCUCCAUCUUGGCGCCAGCUGCCUAUGUGGCUUCUAUUCCCUCUGCAUCUUCCGCUUUCACCCCUGCCACGGCUGCUCAGGGACCUCCCCCCCAGCCUCCAUUCCGGACUGGCUCCGCCUCCUCCUCCUCCUCCUCCUCCCCCUUGCACGUGUCCCCUGGCUCACCCGCCAGGGUGACAGUGCCCUGUUCCACCCCGGUGCCGCCACAGCCCUCCGUCUACAACACCCCCAUCAACCUCUACUCCAAUGAGAAUGCCUGCGAGGUGGCCAUGGGCCAAAGGCGGGGCCUGCUGGAGAGCCAGGGCGGAGCCAUACAGCACAAUGGUGGACCCCAGAGCAUUCUGAAGAAAACUCCUCCAAGGGUGCCCCGGAAACACGUCACGGAGACGGACAUCCAUUUCUACCACGUCCCGUCCCACAGCGAUGCCAGUAAGAAGCGGCUGAUGGAAGACACGGAGGACUGGCGGCCUCGAACCGGCACCUCCCAGUCCCGCUCAUUCCGCAUCCUGGCCCAGAUCACUGGAACUGAGCACGAACAACCACAGCAGAAAGAAGUAGGAAAAAAGACAAAUGAGGUGGAGGAGGACCCAUCCUGUGCUCAGGUCACCUCUGCUGUGAAGACCAUGACCAAGACCCCUGCUGGCGGCCCCCAAACUGCCAAGCAGGCUGGUGGUUCUUCAGGCCCACCCUAUCCCAAGGCUGCCAUGCAGGUGGGCCACGUGACCCCAAAGGGACCAGGCCCAGCACGGCCUGUCCCCCAGCCUCACCCCAAAGAUGAGGACUCUCUGGUGCAGCGCGCUGAGCACAUUCCAGCCGGCACCCGCACCCCCAUGUGUGCCCACUGCGAUACGGUCAUCAGGGGCCCCUUCCUGGUCGCCAUGGGGAAGUCAUGGCACCCCGAGGAGUUCAACUGCGCCCAUUGUGGCACCUCGCUGGCGUACCUGGGCUUCGUGGAGGAGCUGGCCUCCGUGUACUGUGAGCACUGCUACGAGGAGUUCCUGGCCCCCACCUGCGCGCGCUGCCAGCACAAGAUCCUGGGGGAAGUCAUCAACGCCCUGAAGCAGGCCUGGCACGUGCACUGCUUCCUGUGCGCGUCCUGCCAGCAGCCCAUCCGCAACAACACCUUCCACCUGGAGGACGGGGAGCCGUACUGCGAGGCAGACUACUACAACCUGUUCGGGACCAGCUGCCGCGGCUGUGACUUUCCCAUUGAGGCGGGCGACCGCUUCUUGGAGGCGAUGGGCUUCACGUGGCACGACACCUGCUUCGUGUGCGCGGUCUGCUCCACGUGCUUGCAGGGCCAGGCGUUUUACUCCAAAAAGGACAAGCCUCUCUGUAAGAAGCAUGCCCACAGCAUCAACAUGUGAAGCACCGCAGGUCCUGGGAGGAGGGCUGAAGAUGACACAACCCCAUCCGAUUGGCCCAUUAUAUGAUUCAUCCAGACUCUGAUUGGCCAAAUAUACGCUUCAUCGACUGUCUCUGAUUGGCCGAAUAUAUGCUUCGCGCAGACUCCAAUUCCGCUCGACUCCGCAUAGCCUGUUUAUCGGAAUUUCUUAGUCUCUGAGGUUUACUGCACAUUCCCGGGCUUUUUGUACACGCUGUUGAGUUAAUGGAAAGAGGGACUGUCCCAAGAUUGUGGCAUUACAGGGUUCUCUGUGUCCCGAAGGACACGCUCAGAACCAUUUCACUUCACGCCUAAUUAGCAUCGUAAAACCCGUCCUUCAUAAAAUUCUUUGUGUUUCGCCUUUUGGGGAAAAAAAAAAUACUUGCCUUGUUCAGUCGCUUUCUGAACGAGACAUCGUUAGCCUCCAGAUUACACUGGUGGUGGUGUGGGAGGGGGGGGGGCAUUUAUUAAAAUUUUUGUGGUCUUGGCUGGGCCGCCACGCCACGCCGUUCCUGGACGGAGGAGGGUGACGGUAACGGGACGGCGGAGAAGGGCGGCUUUGUGUCGCCGUGGUGAAAAGCGCCGCCAUUGUUCCCGUUUUUUGUGAGAAACCUUCAAAGCGUGCUCGGAGACGGGGGGGGCGGAGCCGCGUCCGUCUCCGGGGUGAGCGUCAAAGAAUGGCGAGAGCGGGAGAGCGGGGGGGGGGGAACUGGGAAAGGAAGGGUCACGGACGGGGGAACGAGGGAGACGGGGUUUGUGCCGCUGUGGCGAAAUGCUGGAGCCAAACCGGUAAAUGUGGGUCGUUCCCCGGAGCUGUGGUCCGCUGCCUGCCAUUGGAGAGACAGACGGCCGCAAAGCAACAGCAUCGGCAGCCUUGAAGCGGCUGUUUGGACCGUUUGUUUGACCGUGACGAGCGUUUUAUAACAAUGCACAUUACACGCAUCAGGAUCGAAUGGGGCGUCUGAUAUCAGGCGUGCGGAGACGGUCUGAUGGGUGCCGGGCUUUUGGGUUUGGCCCAACUCCUCUGCCAAGAUGUUAAAAGAGAAAGCAAUACAGAAUCAGACCAUUUGAUCGCCUAUCAAACAUCUCCAGUCUACUUCUUCUCUUUUUAAACACAUUUAGUGUCCUUCGCAACACACAUGCUUGCCAGGAUUGUGACAGUUUCACAGGCUGAUUUGGACCAAAUGAGGCAGAGCACUGGAACAGGUGUGCCAGCCUUACAAGAAGGAACAAAAAAACACAAGAGGACCCCCCCCUCCAAAAACCCGUGGUGGUUGUGAGAGAAAAAACACAUCUAGGGGUUCCCAGACAAACAGGCACCCCCAGCCCCCAAGGCAUGUUAACAGUUAUCAAAUGGGCAUUUACAACCAGAUAUUGCAAUUUCAGACUCCCCCGAAAGACUGGUGGAAUGCCAAUUAGCACACAGCUAAAAUGGACUGAUGAUUCAUUUUUCAGGAGGGUUUAAGAACAGCCACCCACUGCAGAGGAUAACAGGGAGGCAAAGGAGAAUGUUAAAGCCUUUUACUGUGCCAGGGUUAUUAACUUCCUGAUGACCGCAACUCGCUUUACGUUGGAUGUUUUUGGUGCAAAACUAAUCUGGGAAUAAACAUUAAACAGUUAAAUUAUGGUGUAGGUUGCCGGGUACUUCCUGUAUUUUAGCAUCUGAAGAGUCGCAAUCUUUAAGCUUUCGUUUGCAUUUUAAAAAUAAAGGUUUUUGUUGCUCUUUCA